AGCUGCUGCAGUGGCCAGGGGCACCGUAGGAGAGCCAUGCCUGAGCCGCCGCCGCGCGCUGUCGAGCGUGACCUCUACCGGGACACGUGGGUGCGGUACCUGGGCUAUGCCAAUGAGGUGGGGGAGGCCUUCCGCUCUCUGGUGCCAGCAGCUGUGGUGUGGCUGAGCUACGGUGUGGCCAGCUCCUAUGUGAUGGCAGAUGCCAUCGACAAGGGCAAGAAGGCAGGAGAGGUGACAAGCCCUGAAGCCGGCCGCAGCACCAGGGUGACAGUGGCCGUGGUGGACACCUUUGUGUGGCAGGCCCUGGCCUCUGUGGCUAUCCCUGGCUUCACUGUCAACCGCGUAUGUGCUGCCUCCCUCUACGUCCUGGGCAGCACCACCCGUUGGCCGCUGGCUGUCCGAAAGUGGACCACCACAGCGCUGGGGCUGCUAAUUAUCCCUGUCAUCAUGCACCCCAUUGACAGGUCUGUGGACUUCCUUCUGGAUUCCAGCCUGCGCAAGCUGUACCCAUCUGUUGAGAAGCCCAGCUCCUCCUGA